AUGGCUGCUCCUGGUUUCAACAAAUUGUUGGAUUGUGCCAAGGCAAUUGAAGUUGGGGACCUGCAUCUUGCUGAUUCACUCAUCAAGGAUAUCCUGACAGACAAUGAUGACAAACUUGUCAAAUACUUUGCUGAAGCUCUAGUUCGACGAGUCUAUAAACUGUAUCCUCGAAAUCCCAGACCUUUAGUGCCUUCCUGCACUGAUUUGAGAUGCAACAUGGAUUACCAGUUUUUUCCUUUCUUCUGGUUUUCAGAAUUGACAACCCGUAACUCCAUCGUGGAUGCCUUAACCGGAAAGAAAAGAUUCCAAGUUAUUGACUUUUCAUUGAUGGCUAACGGCCGGCGGUGGUGCCUUUUGCUUGAUGAUUACCUAAAGCAGUCAAGUGAUGCUAUAUCGUUCCAUUUAACAAGUAUCGGACCAAUUCUGUCCAAAAAAGGUGACUAUCUCAAUGAGAUACUUGAGAAACUCCCCAAAGAAGCUAAAAAGCUUCCUAUUGAGUUUGAGGUUAAGCAUAUGGUGGCUAGUAGCCCAGCUGAAAUGGUUGAAGCUGCUCUCAAACUCGAAAGAUCAAGUGAGGAUGAGACGAUUGUUGUCAGAUGGGAGUUUGAACUCCACAAAUUGCUUGCACAGCCAGGGAAGAAAUGCAGAAGUUGGAGAACUACAAAUCUGCGUAAGAUCAUGAUAGUUGUUGAACAAGAAGCCAGCCUUAAUGGUCAGGAUUUCUUGGAAUGUUUCACCAAGUCAUUUCGCUAUCACUCUAUUAUUUUUGACUCGCUUGGCAAGGACAAUUUCGAACACGGUAACCACAGCAAGGUGUUGUGGGAGAUGUACUUUAGGCGGCAGAUUAGUAACUUGGUGGCACUAGAAGGCAUUGACCAGAUUGUACGGCAUGAGACAUUUGCUGAGUGGCGAGACAGAUUAUGUCGUUCUGGGUUUCGUCAUUUUCGCUUACAGAACCAGUUUAAGGGAACUUUCUUUGGUCACUUGCCUGAAUACCACAUAGAAGAAAAGAAUCGCCAUCCUGUGCUAUACAGGCAUGACGACCCAUUGCUCUUCACCUCAGCUUGGAAAUCUUAUCCAACUCAGCUUAAUAGCGGUGAAUAA